GGAAGGCGGGUGGGGGGGAAGCGGGAAGGGGACCCAACGGGCUCGGCCGCGUCGAGGAACCCCCGGGGGGCGACCAUGGGGACGGUGGAGGCCGGAGGCCGCCCGGGCGAAGAGGCGGCGGCGGCGGCGGAAGAGACCGACGCCUUGCUGGAGAGGCGCCUCGCCGUACCCCGGCCGCCCUCCAUCCAGGACUUCGCCAUCGUGAAGCCCAUCAGCCGCGGCGCCUUCGGGAAGGUCUACCUGGGGCGCAAGGGAGGGAGGCUCUACGCCGUCAAGGUAGUAAAAAAAGCUGAUUUGAUCAAUAAGAAUAUGGUCCACCAGGUGCAGGCAGAAAGAGAUGCUCUGGCUCUUAGUAAAAGUCCUUUCAUUGUGCACUUGUAUUAUUCUCUUCAAUCUGCCAAUAACGUCUAUUUGGUAAUGGAGUAUCUCAUUGGUGGAGAUGUUAAAUCUCUUCUUCACAUAUACGGUUAUUUUGAUGAAGAAAUGGCAGUGAAGUACAUUUCUGAGGUAGCUCUGGCCCUUGAUUACCUUCACAGGCAUGGAAUAAUCCAUAGGGAUUUGAAGCCAGACAAUAUGCUGAUAUCAAAUGAGGGCCACAUUAAAUUGACAGACUUUGGACUGUCCAGAGUUACAUUGAACAGAGAGCUUAAUAUGAUGGAUAUCCUCACUACCCCAUCCAUGUCCAAACCUAAGCAAGACUAUUCGCGCACUCCUGGACAAGUGUUGUCUCUCAUCAGCUCCUUUGGUUUUUGCGCUCCAGCUGCAGGGAAAGUGCACGCACCUAGCCCAAGUCCGGUUUGUGCCAACAGCUCUCAAGGAUUUGUUUCCCCUCUGUCUGUAAAUCACAAAGAAUAUCCUUCUGCAUCAAAUAAGCUCCUGAGAGCAUGCUUUGAUUCGUCAGCUGUCACGCCUGGAAUGCCCGUGAGGAGUCUGACGCCGACUUUGCUUCAGUCCAGGAAAAGGUUCGGAACCUCCAGUGCCAGUAGCCAUUCCCGUACGCAGUUGUCUAGCGUGGAAUCGGAAUGUUGCAGCAGCCCCCAGUGGGAGAAGGACCUGCAGGAAGCGGAAGGCGUGCUGUGCUCUGCUCCGGGCAAAAUGGAUGCAUCAGAGAAGCCUGAGAAUACAGAUCUCCUGCUUGCUAGCGGCACUAAAAGCCUUAAACGAAAGGCACUGGAAUCUGCCAUCUCUCCUAUUAGCAGCAACGAUUCCGGGACCAGACUUGAUGGAAGGACUGAACCAUGUAACCUAUCUGAAACCUCUGUAAGGACUUGUGAUGUGAAAGAUCUGGUCCGAAAGUGUCUUUCAGAAUAUAAAGAAUGGGAAGAAAAACUCUCUACUGAAAAAGCUGCUCUAGCUAAGGAGGCAUCAAAUUCUGCUAAUUGCCACCUCAUCUCUUCAGGAUUGGACAACCUUAGGGAAGAAAGGAAAGAGGUGGAGAAGUUGGGUGUCAAAAGAUGCUUUGGCUUAAUUGACACCAGUCCUUCUGAAGACCGUAUCCUUGUUAAGAAAAACAAUGCAGAAUACAAACGUGGGUGUCAAAUCAUUGAGAUUCCAGAUAAAAAAAGCACUGGCUUAACCACUGAAAUCUGUUGCCUAAACCUUGAUGGAUCUGAGCAAGACACCUGUAUGAACAAACAGCAAGCAAAAGGCUGCACUUGCAAUGAACGAAACAGGGGUAGCAAACAAGCAACGCCCUUGAUAGCCAAGAAUCUUCUGGAUUAUCUGGAUGCAGAUUGUGAAAAGGACGGGAAGAAGGAACUGACAAAUUCGAGUUUUUUAUGCCUUGAUGAUGAGAAACCUUUAGCAAGCAUGAGCGUGGAUUCGGAUCUGUCCCUUCCAGAAGUGUCUGCUGUGGAGAGUCAUUUAGAAAAACAGUUCUCUGACUUAGAUGGGAGCAUGAAGGAUGUCACCUUUGAGGAACUAAAAGUGGAUGCUGUGUCAGUGUCACCUGGUUGCCCAGAGGUCUGGCGAGGAGGUCAGGAGGCACCUACAGUCCAGCAAGGCAAGCCACUGCCUCAUGAUCAGGACGUGAGUUUGAGAAGUGUAACUGAAACACCUGUUGACAUUCACUCUUCUUCAUCAGUGGAGAUGCGGAGAGCACUGAACCACCUCAAGAAAAAUGUUGUUGCUUUUCGGAGUUAUAACAGUCAAAUUAACGUGUCUAAUAUGUCUGAGCCGUCAAGAAUUAGUAUGAUGUCUGUGGAAGGGAUGGAUGUCUCUGCUUGUAGUGGCUCUUAUCCAAUGACUGUUACACCUGCGCAAAAGGGGACACCCUACAGACCAUAUCAGACUCCUCAGGGAAAUGCUGAUACACCAUACAGAACCCCAAAGAGUGUCCGAAGAGGGACAGCCCCAGUAGAAGAACGUAUUUUAGGAACUCCAGACUACCUAGCACCUGAGCUGCUUUUAUGUAAAGCUCAUGGUCAUGCGGUAGACUGGUGGGCACUUGGCGUUUGCUUGUUCGAGUUUUUAACUGGAAUUCCACCAUUCAAUGAUGAAACACCACAGCAAGUGUUCCAGAAUAUUCUGAAAAGGGAUAUUCCUUAUCCUGAAGGUGAAGAGAAGCUGUCGGACAAUGCUCAGAGUGCCAUCGAUAUUCUUUUGACCAUUGAUAGUACCAAGCGAGCUGGGCUCAAGGAGUUGAAACGUCACCCCCUCUUUCAUGGCGUAGACUGGAAUAAUCUGCAUAAUCAAACCAUGCCCUUCAUACCUCAGCCAAAUGAUGAAACUGAUACUUCUUAUUUCGACGCUAGGAAUAAUGCUCAGCAUCUAACAGUGUCUGGUUUCAGCUUAUAGUAUCAGAGAAAAUGGAAUUUUUCCAGAUCCUUGCACUUCCUAACACUGGUUUAUCCUGAUUUUCUAACCAUCGUGUUUUUAAAACCUGGUUUGAUUUUUAGCUCUCUAUAUUUUUGUUCUUACAAGCUGUAGUGAACUGUUUAAUUCUAAACAGCUUCUCAUCGUAUUUUUAUUCUAAUUACUACUGCACCUUAUGUAAAUCUUGCCAUGUAUAACGUAACAGUGGUAUGACACUUUCACACUGAACAAAAUGUAUUUUUCUGCUGCUAUGGGAUAUUUCCAGUGUUUGGGGGGGGUGAGCUCUAUUUGUGAAGCAUAACUGGGAGAUGAAAUGUGUUGUAUAUUUAUGCAGCUAUAUUUUGAAAUACUAGUCACCUUAGGGAUUGCAUAUGAUGGGAGGCAUCUAUUUGAAACUAGUGUUGAGACCACUUUGAAGCUGCACUUGAGAAUAAAUUUCUGUGCAGGCCAAAUGUUCCUGUCCCUCCAGGUGCCAGGCAUUAUGGGAGACAGAAAUUGUCAGGCAAUUCAGACUAUUUACAGACUUUGGAUUAUUUUAGGUUCUGCUGCUAACUGAUCAUUGCCCUUAAUUGUCUCCAAAUAUAUUGUCAGUGUCUAAUGUAGCUAUCUUAGAUGUAAAAACUAUCAAAAAACCCCAGUAGCUUUUAACUGUUAUAUCUUGCUUUACAGAUGCAACUUAUCAAGUUUUAAAUACCAAAAGCUGGUUGUUUCUACAAGCCAGUUACUUAAAACACUCUGAGCAAAAUGAGAUCAUGAAGUGUAUAUUGAGGUCCAUAUAGAUUUACAAUCCAAUACAAAAAACAUCAAAGUGAAGCUUCAAUAAAUUCUGAAUUAAAACUGAUUAUAUAUUUUAAAAUUUAGAUUAAAAGCCAGUACAAAUGUGAGAUUUGUAGCUUUCCUUGAAUUAGGUGUUUCAGAUGAUUACAACAAAUGAGUCAUUUCUUUUAGGACCUUGCUUCUUUUGUUGUUACUGGAACAUGUUUAAAUAAAAAUGAGCACCUUUUUAUUUUUCUGCUCUCAAAAACUGAUCACAAAGAUAUACAGAAAAUCAGUAUUAUUGCUUACCAAAAAUAGUUGCAUUAUCAUUCUUAAUUGUGCAGUGCAUCACAUCCGCAGUUCAGAUGGCAAGAUAGCCUAUCUUUAUCCACCCUUAGACAGGGUUUUAUGCUACUAAUAGUACUUUUAGCAAACAUGCUGUUAGAUUUCUGCUUUGGUUAUUGUGAUGACAACUGAGUUAAGGCCCGUUCAACAAAUGAAACAAAAAAGCUGGA